AUGGCAAUGCUCAAAGACAAGGUUGUCCUAAUUACUGGAUGCUCCAGCGAAAUUGGCCUCUCCACCGUACAUGCAUAUUCGAGUGCGGGUGCUAAGGUCUUUGGUUGCGAUAUUCAACAGCCUCCAGCCGAGAUUUCAACAUUUCCCAACUUUUUGUUUCACAGCUGCGACGUUUCAAAGCAAGCCGACAUCGAUGCUACGGUAGAAGCGUGUCUGAGGUUUUUUGAUGGCCGCAUCGACGUCCUGCUCAACGUUGCUGGAGUGUCGGAUCAACUCGGUUCGGUUGAUACCCUAGAUGAUUCUCAGUACAAUCGAGUAGUCGACAUUGACUUAACAGGGCCGAUCAAGCUUAUGAGAGCCAUGAUACCAUAUAUGCGAAAGCAGAAGAGUGGUUCCAUCGUGAACGUUUCGAGUAAGACUGGGCUGGGUGGUGCAUCAGGUGGUGUGGCAUACACCGCCGCCAAACAUGGUCUCAACGUAGCCUGGCGCUACCACAGAAAAGGGGUCCGUUGUAUCGCUAUUUGUCCUGGAGGUAUGAGGAAAAUUCAUCAACCCUUCUCCCAGGCACAUGCUUACGAACAAACAGAAACGACGGGAAGCCUUGAUCAAAAGAACGGGCCUAUCGCCAAUGGCCCCAUCGGUCUAGAAGAGAUAGCAAAUGUUCUCGUCUUCUUGGGUUCUGAUCUCAGUUCUGCAAUCAACGGUGUAGCGCUUCCAGUUGAUAAAGCAUGGUCUUAUGUUUAA